UUAUGAUCAACACCUCACGCCAAUUGAGAUUGUUGUUGACUCGCAUUGCGAUAUCCUAAAAGAUAUGUGAGAGUAUCUUCCGGAUCCUUGUGAUACUUGCGCGUUGUUAGAUCGAACGGUGCAUGCAACACAGUAUCCGCUUCCACAACCUCUUUCUUGUACUGUACGACGCUACGCUACAUAUUCUAGCUUCAACCCCAGCUCAUGCGACCUUCUGUCUCUCCAGCAUACCUAUGAUGAUGCCACUCCGUACGCCGCCACACGCGCCGACGACGAUACGAUAUCUUUUCAGGACUCCCUAUCAGUCAUCUUUGCGGUCGCAAAGGCGAUGUUAUACAGGAAAGCAGCCAUUGACGCCGGGCAACACACAAAGUAAUCCAGCAGCCAAUGUCAAAGCCGCACAGCAACAAGCAUCGAGCGUGGAACGUCUAAUCAAUCGCCUCCCCAAAUUUACGCGGUUUCGCGCUCAUGCUCUUCGCACAGCGCCGCUCUCACAUAUCUCUGCCUUCCUUAUAUUACACGAACUAACAGCUAUCAUACCUUUAUUCGGACUCGUAGGCGCAUUUCACUACUAUGAUUGGUUACCACCGGGUUUUGCGGAAGGUUACUGGGUUAAGGAAGGAACACUGAGGUUUGGCAAGUGGAUGCGCAAACGUGGUUGGAUUAGCGAGGAAGAGAAAAGAGAGGCAGGCGAAUACGUGGAGCAGGAAGCAAUACGUGAGGAGGGCGAGCAACAGCGACAGAACAAGGGCUGGCGAAGGUGGAUCAAGCAAAGAGAAGACGAGCAAGAUGUAAGCGAAGAAGCAAUUGAGAAGAAAAAGAAGAACCUCGUCACCAGAGCUGCGCAAGGAGCGUGGGGACAAGUUGCCGAUAAGGACAACAGGUCGACGUGGUGGGGACGCGGAGAGGGAGGUGUCAGGCUUGUAGUGGAGUUUGCAACUGCUUAUGCGGUCGUCAAGGCGUUCAUGAUCCCACGAGUGUUGUUCAGCAUAUGGGGAACGCCAUGGUUCGCGAGAGUCGCUGUAGAGCCCAUAGCUAGGAGAACGGUGACCCCAAUAUGGACGAGAUUGAAAGGGAUAUUUGGCGGGAGGAAAGGAAGCGGGCCUCCUUCCCCUGGCCCACCCGCCAGUGGCUAAAAGAGCUUCACAAUAUCAUGCCUGCACUUAUGCUGCAUACAGACAGGUCUAUCUUUCCGUCAGUGACUCAGAGACAUUAGACCCAGAGAGUAGUAUGCAGACGUAUGAUAAGCCAAAGUAUAAAUCUGAUGUCGCCAAUCUGGCCA